AUGAAAAGGGAAUUGGUGCCUUCUUGGCUAGAGCUACUGCUCACAACACAAUUCUUUACAAUAUGCAUGAGCCACCUAUCCUCUGCUCGCAAUGAGUGUAACCUAUUUUGCAUAGAUUGCGAGGCGCCAAAAGUUGCCUUUUGCUACUAUUGCCGUCAGCGUCAUCAUUCUACUCACCGUGUCAUCCAGGUACGUCGAUCAUCGUACCAUGAUGUGGUCAGAGUUGCUGAGUUACAUGACAUCCUUGAUAUCAGUGAUGUGCAAACCUAUGUGAUCAAUAGUGCAACAGUUGUUUUUCUUAAUGAGCGCCCACAACAACAACGUGUUUGUGGUGUUUCCAUGGUCAAGGCGUCGUCUUCAUCAUAUAGUUGCGAGAGUUGCAAUCGUGCUCUUCUUGAUGCAUUCCGCUUCUGCUCUCUUGGUUGCAACCUAAAAGGAAUUAAGGAGGAUAUGGAGACAACUGUUGUGAUGAGAAACAAAACUGACUGUGCCAGCAAUGAUGAUGAUAUGGACUUAAGUACUGGAUCAACUGCAAACACCGAAAACAACAGAGAGAGUUAUAGUGAUGCCGAAUAUUAUGAAAAAUCACCACCAACAAAGACUACUCGUCAUAGGCGAAAGGGGAUUCCUCGGCGUGCACCAUUUUUUUGA